CAUCGCACGGAAGAUCAGUCCGCACACUUCCUCAUGCAGCUUCAUCACGGGUGUGGAAACACCUUCAACACGUCCACACUCAAACUACACACGCUAGAGGAAGAGAGAGGGAGAAAGGGGGCGGUGAAUCGUUUGCCACCCGCAUAUUUUCUUUCUUUUCGUCCUCUUCUCUCUCUAAAUCUCUAGUUUUCUUUCUAACAUGGCUGCGCUCUCAGCCUGGUUCUGGAACGAGCGCUUUUGGCUUCCGCACAAUGUCACUUGGGCGGAUCUGGCCGAUCCAGCGCCCGGGGUGGAGUACCCGAAAGCCGGCCACUUGCUCUCCGCGCUGCCGCUGGCCUUGGGGAUCUUCGCAGUGCGGAUCUUUUUCGAGAGGUGUAUCGCGGGUCCAUGUGCCUCCAUCCUUCAGAUCCAGACGGAGUUGACUCGGAGAGCUCAGCCCAACGCCGUCCUGGAGAAAGUGUUUACAUCCAUCACAAAGUCCCCAGACUCAAGGCACUUAGAGGGUCUGUCCAAGCAGCUGGACUGGGACGUACGGAAGGUCCAGCGAUGGUUUCGACAACGGCGGAACCAGGACAAACCCAGCACAAGAACCAAGUUUUGCGAGAGCAUGUGGAGGUUUACAUUCUAUCUGUGUAUAUUUACGUAUGGGAUCCGUUUCCUGUGGCAGUCUCCCUGGAUGUGGGAUACGAGACAGUGCUGGUACAAUUACCCCUAUCAGGUGCUGACCUCAGGCCUGUAUUAUUAUUAUGUAACAGAACUGGCCUUCUACUGGUCGCUCAUGUUCUCACAGUUCAUAGACAUCAAAAGAAAGGAUUUCCUCAUCAUGUUCGUUCAUCAUCUGGCGACAAUCAGCCUGAUCAGUUUCUCGUAUGUAAAUAACAUGCUGCGUGUGGGCAGUCUGGUCAUGUGUGUUCACGACGCGUCCGACUUCCUGUUGGAGGCUGCAAAGUUAGCAAACUAUGCCAAAUACCAGCGUUUAUGUGACUUCUUGUUUGUGGUGUUCGGGAUGAUCUUCUUCGGGACGAGAUUGAUCAUUUUCCCCUUCUGGAUCCUGAACACGACGCUCUUCGAGAGCUGGGAGAUCAUCGGGCCGUACCCGUCCUGGUGGCUCUUCAACAUCUUGCUGCUGGUGCUGCAGGUGCUGCACGUCAUCUGGUCCUACCUCAUCGCCCGUAUCGCCUUCAAAGCCAUCAUGAGAGGAAAGGUGUCUAAAGACGACCGCAGCGACAUCGAAAGCAGCUCGGAGGAGGAAACCGAAAUGACACCCAAAGAGCGACUCAAGAUGGCUUCACCCCGAGGAGAAAACGGCACCAACGGCCAUUUCGGCUCCAAACCCUGGAGCCAGAACCACAACAACUGGUGACGCUCCCUCCGGUGGCCUUGCGCACAAAGAACUUGGGACUACUCGUCAUCCCUGUACCUCACUCCAACACCAAAAACACCAACGAAAUCACCCCGCUGUGGGACUUUUAAAACUCUAACGGGAGUUUGGGGCGUCAUUCCCGGUGAUGAUGGGACAGUAAUGACAAUAUGGCCACUAUGAGAAGCCUGUGAAAGAGAAAACGAUUAAAUUAGUGAUAUUUGCAUUCCCUCGUUUCCUUGUUUCGGGAGCUGAGAAGACGUUUCUUCUCCGCACUUCACAUUUUACUGAAGUCAGGGAAGAAGAUUCUCUUCAGAUUUUAAUGGUCAGAUGUACUUGAGUUUCCACAUGCAGUUGCUUUUCUUUUUGUUUUUCGUUGUUUUUUAUUGUUUUGGUUUUUUUUUUUUUUGGUUACUGAUGUGUUUGUUAUUUGUUUCCUGUGCUGUUUUUCAUUUUGCUUUUUUAUUUUUGGAAACCAAAUAAGGUUAUUAAAAUGAAAGCUGGGCCUUUGUCCUUUAA